CCCAUUGCUCAGGGAGCUCCUAUAUAGAGCGAGGGAGGCAGCCUCGCUCGCUCAGUUGUGUGUGCAGCUCCCAGCGGCCCACCGGCCCCGCGCGGUCAGCGGAGGGGGUGUGCGGCCUCUCCCAGGCGCCGCGAUGACCUUGUUUGAUGGCUCCUUCCCCUUCUACCCGGUCUCCAGGACGCCUUUCCUCUUUAACACGAGCUGGGCCGUGAUCCUCUCUGUCUUCCUCACCGUGCUGGCCACCUUCCUUCUCAUCCUGCCUGGCAUCCGGGGCAAAGGGAGGUUCUUCUGGUUCCUGCGCGUGAUCCUCAGCCUCUUCAUUGGAGCAGUGAUUCUCAGUGUUAACUUCAGCCGGGACUGGGAGACCGGCGGGGUGCGGGCAAACACCUCCUACAAAUCCUUCAGCCACGCCAUGGUGAUCGCUGACGUUGGCCUGCACAUCGGCUUGUUGGGGGUCAACAUCACGCUAGUGGGGAACCCCGUGACUCAGAUCAACGAAACCAUCAACUAUAACGAGCACUUUGCCUGGCACCUAGGCGCAGACUACACCCACACUUACACAGACAGCCUGGCCAGGGGGCUGCCCAGCCCCAUCCUGUACGUGGCAGAGAAGUUCACCCAGGAGAGCCCGUGCGGCAUGCACAGCCAGUAUAGGAUCUCUGGCCACUACACCUCCGUCAUGCUGUGGUUGGCCUUCUGCACCUGGCUCAUUUCCAAUGUGCUGUUCUCCAUGCCCAUCCUGCUGUAUGGGGGCUACACGAUCCUGCUCACGGCGGUGCUGCUGGUCUGCUCGCUGCUCUUCUUCUCCGUCGCCAGGCAUGCCCCCCUGUGCACCAUCCGCUUCGGCCCAGCUGCCUUGCAGACUGUCUACGGGGCCUCCUUCUGGCUCACGCUUGCAACAGGGCUGCUGUGCUUCUUGCUGGGGCUGGGCGUGAUCAUCCUGAACUCUGUGCAGCCCGAGACGCUGAAGCUGGUCUUUAAUCUGAGUGAGGAAAGGGGAGAGGAAGAGGAAGACGAGCGACCCCCGAGAGACAAAACCGGCUGCUCUGAGCAGGACCCGUUCCUGGCGUCCCUGAGCGAGCAUUGCAGAGUGACGAUUACGAAGCUGUAGGGCAUCCCAGCUGCCCGCCGCCCAUUGCCCUGGUGGAGCUGAGCGAGCGGGUAGCAGCCUGUGCCCGGGCUGGGUGCAGGAGCCCUCUUGGCCUGUCCAUUGUUAACUGCCGCCCGUUCAGCUUUGCACGGUCACACGAGGCACAUAGGCAUGGUCCAAACAGGCAUAGGACCUAACCAGCCCAGCAUCCUGUCUCCAGUAGUGGCCAACGCUGAAUGCUUCAAGCUCCCAGCAAUGGCCAGCUCUUUUCCCCCUGGGGGGUUGUGUAGGAGCCAGCCAUGUGUCUGACAGCUCUACCGUGCAUUAGCCAAGCCUGAAUUCCAUGGGCCUUCAUGAUGCCCUCUCCCCUGGCUUCCUUAGGUCCCUUUCAGUCUUGCCUAAGCUAAGGACUUGUGGCCACUGCAUGCCCUGGGCGCCCACUUGCUUUACCUCAAGAUGAAUAGUAGCCGUGUUAGUCUGCUCUUGGUAAAACAAAAAAGCAGUCAUGUAGCACUUUAAAGACUAACAAGAUAG